CGUCUUCUCUGUGCCCAGCGUGCGUGCGGAUGGGCGAGGGGAUGGGGAAGGCAGCGGCGGCGGCCUUCGGGGCUGAGUUGGGCGUGCGGAUCGCAUUGUUCGCGGCCUUCCUGGUGACAGAGCUGCUCCCUCCCUUCCAGAGGCUUAUCCAACCAGAGGAGAUGUGGCUUUACCGGAAUCCGUAUGUGGAAGCUGACUAUUUCCCUACCAAGCCGAUGUUUGUCAUUGCAUUUCUUUCUCCGCUGUCUCUGAUCCUCCUGGCCAAAUGUCUCAAGAAGGCAGACACAACAGACAGCAAACAAGCCUGCCUGGCUGCCAGCCUUGCCCUGGCUUUGAAUGGCGUUUUUACCAACAUAAUAAAGCUGAUAGUGGGGAGGCCACGCCCAGACUUCUUCUACCGCUGCUUCCCUGAUGGGCAGGCCCGUUCUGACUUGAUGUGCACAGGAGAUAAAGAUGUGGUGAAUGAGGGCCGGAAGAGCUUCCCUAGUGGACAUUCUUCCUUUGCAUUUGCUGGUCUGGCCUUUGCGUCUUUCUACCUGGCAGGGAAGUUACACUGCUUCACAGCACAAGGCCGUGGAAAAUCUUGGAGGUUCUGUGCCUUUCUGUCACCUCUACUUUUUGCAGCUGUGAUUGCAUUGUCCCGCACCUGUGAUUAUAAGCAUCACUGGCAAGAUGUACUUGUUGGAUCCAUGAUUGGCCUGACAUUUGCCUAUGUCUGCUACAGGCAGUAUUAUCCUCCUCUGACUGAUGCAGAAUGCCAUAAACCAUUUCAGAACACACUUGCACUUCCUUCUGCACAAAAGAAUUCUGGUGAUCCUUAUCGUUUUGUUAUUUAGAAACUGGAGCUACCUCAGUGGAGAAAAGGUGAAUCAGCCCCUCCUACCUGGACCGUGCCCAAGACUAGAAUUUUUUACCUGUUUACCUCUUAAAAAGUACAAGUGAGGAUAUCAGCACUUCACUCUGCCUCCAUAUGAUUAUGCCAUUUUGCUCACAUGAAUAUAUCAUAAGGAGUCAGCUGCUUUUUCCCUACUAUAUGCCACACAUUCUGGUAGAGAGAUCUUUCACUCGUCCUCCCAACAGCUUGUGAAUCUGGUCCAUCAGAUUGAUAUCCCAAGAUCUACAGUGUUUUUACAUUUAAAUUUAAAUGUCAUUCUUGGAAGGAUCUUGGCACAAAGAGGCCUUUACAUAGCCCCACUUUAUCCUAGAAACUAGAGUUAAUUAUCAAAACUUCAUUUCCCAUAGUUCAAAAAUCUUAAAAUCUAGGACAUAACCAACUAAAUUAUUUGGGUGCUGUUUAUUUUCUCUGCUGACAGUUCCAUCAAGCCAUAAAUAGGAAAACGUACAUUUCUGGUUCAUUUACCACUGUUAGGCAUAUAAUGCUGCCCAUUUUAAUACUGUGGGCAUAAUGAUUUAUCGAAUUACUAAGUAAACACAAUAAAAAAAAGAAAAUGGUUAGGAGUGUGGUUUCAGUGCUAACAACUGACACCUGUUUCUACCUCAUCUGUCCUUAACUGUGCUCGUGAGCCACUUUGCCUCCCUUUAUGACUGAAGAUCUGCCCAAAUGCAUCAACUUUGCCAAAUGCCUAAGGCAGGAAAGAAAAAUUACAGAUAUCAUUAUCUGGAGGACAAAUGAAUCUUUUUCUGUCCUUUCUUCACAAUGAGCUAUAAGGAACAAUUACGGGUUAUCAUCAGAAUUGAUGCUAUAGGACCUACAACUUUAUUGAGAUUAUACAUUAAAUACGACCUUGUCGUAUAGAUUUCCAAUGUGGAAUUUUCCCUCAGUAAAUGUGGUAUGCAAAUAAAAUGGUGAAUGUGUUUUUUGGGGGUUUUUUUUUGUAAGUUAGUACCAUUCAAAAGCUGGAACAUUUCCAAAGUAAAACAUUGGACUCCCUAGCUGACAUAAGUGAUUCAGCUAUCUAUAGUUGUGGCUGAUGAUUAUAAAUACCAAAGGAUAGUCUCAGCAUUUACCUUAUAACUGUCGUGCUUUAAAUUCUGAAUUAUAUCUGCCUAGGACAAUGAAAACACCAAUCAAGGGAAAAUAAAUAUUCUUUGCCCAAAACUUAUUUUUUAAACUUGUUUUAAUCAUAAAGGAAGAGAAAAUGGUUAUGUUGAUUUUCUUUUUGAUGGAUAAACCAGGUUAAGGUAGGCAAUGGGUCAAUAUGGUUUUAUUUCAGUAUUUACUAGAGUUUUAAAUAUAAUCACGUAAAAAAACAGACAUUUCAAAAAGUGCAAAAUAUUAGAAAGCUAAUCAGUGCUAUUAAUUUUUCCAUGCAAACAAUCUCUUUUGCUAAAAUAAACAAUACCAAUUCUGCAGUUGGGAAUAUGUAUAAAAUGAUACUCUACCGGAGUUAAAAAAUAGCCUUGGUCAAGAGA